GUGAGCAGCAUUCUGGGACUGACUGUCGUGUGCCGGAUACUUCCUCUUCACCAAAAUGGCGGGCGACGAGUCGGGAGUCACUCUCGGGCAGCCGCAUCUCUCCAGGCAGGAUCUCACUACCCUGGAUGUCUCCAAACUGACGCCCCUUUCCAGAGAGAUCAUCAGCAGACAAGCGACAAUUAACAUAGGUACCAUCGGUCAUGUAGCCCAUGGUAAAUCCACCGUAGUAAAAGCCAUUUCUGGUGUACACACUGUCCGAUUUAAGAAUGAACUGGAGAGAAAUAUCACCAUCAAGCUUGGUUAUGCCAAUGCCAAGAUCUAUAAACUCGACGACCCUAGCUGUUCCCGUCCCGAAUGCUAUCGGUCCUGUGGUAGCAGCACUCCUGAUGAGUUUCCUGCAGACAUGUCCAAUGCCAAGGGCAAUUUUAAGUUGGUCAGGCACGUGUCCUUUGUGGAUUGCCCAGGACACGAUAUUUUGAUGGCCACUAUGCUGAACGGUGCAGCGGUUAUGGAUGCCGCCUUGCUGUUAAUAGCUGGCAAUGAAUCCUGUCCGCAGCCCCAGACCUCGGAGCAUUUGGCUGCUAUAGAAAUCAUGAAACUAAAACACAUCCUCAUUUUACAAAAUAAGAUUGAUUUGGUUAAGGAAAGUCAGGCCAAGGAACAAUACGAGCAGAUCCUUGCGUUUGUACAAGGUACAGUUGCUGAGGGGGCUCCGAUCAUUCCGAUCUCUGCUCAGCUGAAGUAUAACAUUGAGGUAGUUUGUGAGUAUAUUGUAAACAAAAUCCCAGUGCCUCUGCGAGACUUCUCUUCUGAGCCAAGGCUUAUUGUUAUCCGGUCUUUUGAUGUCAACAAACCUGGAUGUGAAGUUGAUGAUCUAAAAGGUGGUGUAGCUGGAGGCAGUAUUCUAAAAGGUGUAUUAAAGGUGGGGCAGGAAAUAGAGGUGCGUCCUGGCAUUGUUUCCAAGGACAGUGAAGGAAAACUCAUGUGCAAGCCAAUCUUCUCCAAAAUAGUUUCCCUCUUUGCGGAGCACAAUGAUCUACAGUACGCUGCUCCGGGAGGCCUUAUUGGUGUUGGUACCAAGAUUGACCCAACGCUGUGUCGUGCUGACCGUAUGGUUGGGCAAGUUCUAGGUGCAGUUGGCGCUCUACCAGAAAUAUUCACAGAGCUGGAGAUCUCUUACUUCCUCCUACGCCGUCUUCUCGGAGUCCGCACAGAAGGUGACAAGAAGGCUGCAAAGGUGCAAAAACUGUCUAAGAAUGAGGUUUUGAUGGUCAACAUUGGGUCCUUGUCCACCGGAGGUCGUGUCAGUGCCGUGAAAGCGGAUUUAGGAAAAAUUAUGCUCACAAACCCAGUGUGCACGGAAGUAGGCGAGAAAAUAGCUCUCAGUCGGAGGGUUGAGAAACAUUGGCGUUUGAUUGGCUGGGGUCAGAUAAGAAGAGGCGUGACCAUAAAGCCGACUGUUGAUGACGACUAGACAGCGGAGAUGCAGACCACCAAUGCUGCUAAAAUGUUUUAAGAAUAAUCUGAAAACUCCGGCCAUACACUUAUGGAGAAAAUGCCACCUGCCGGGAUAACCUAACUCUUCAUACACCACAAGUUCACUUAUAGCCCCAAUUUCUAAUUUAUAAUUGAGCAGUUUUGCAGCACAAAAUGAACACUUGAUGCUGUCCAGAGACCUUCUGCUCUGUAACCCAGUGAAUUCUAUGCUUUUGUUAUAAAGUAUAAUACCGUAUUCUUCAUUCUUCCUGAAGUGACCCCAAUCUUCAGGACUUCUAUCAUCAAUGAAUGAGUCAAGAAAUAAAAUCCAAAAGACCAA